AAAAAAAACAAAACAAAACAAAAACAAAAAAAACAGUGGGCUCAUUGUGUGAUCUUCUCACCUUGUCGUGAUUUGCAUGUCAUCGAUUGUGCGGGAAAAUACGAUCACCGAAUGUCUGAUCGGGUGCGCAUUUGACCCGCAUCGCAUCCCGCGCGCUGCCAAACAAAACGAGCAAGAAUGUGUACCAUUCACCCGAUAUCAUGAUUCUGCCGGAUACGCGUCCCGUCACAGCUAUCGGCACAUUGGGCAAGAUAAAAAAAAGAUGUUUCCCUUUUUGUCGCAAUUUUACGCACUAACAGCACAACUGGCGGCACAACCCAUAACAUCGAGUCCAACGACACGGUCCGCGAUGAAGGAGAAGAGCAAAAAUGCCGCCCGGUCCAGGCGGGAAAAGGAGAACGCCGAGUUCCUGGAGCUGGCGAAGCUGCUGCCACUGCCGAGCGCGAUCACGUCACAGCUGGACAAGGCGUCGAUCAUACGGCUGACGACGUCGUACCUGAAGAUGCGCGCCGUAUUCCCGGAAGGUCUCGGCGAUGCGUGGGGCACUCAGCACAUCCCGAACAAUCCGCGCGAUCUCGCGAUCAAGGAGCUCGGAUCGCACCUGCUGCAAACACUGGACGGGUUCAUCUUUGUCGUCGCACCGGACGGCAAGAUCAUGUACAUCUCCGAGACGGCCUCGGUCCAUCUCGGGCUCAGCCAGGUCGAGCUGACCGGCAACUCGAUCUACGAGUACAUCCACAACUACGACCAGGACGAGAUGACGUCCGUGCUGUCGCUACAGCCGAACAUGUACGUCGGGCCGCCGGCCGGUGGCAACGGUACGGAACCGUCCCCCGGCACCGGUCCGCUACUCGCCUCAACACCCUCGCACUCCUCGAUAGCGGAUGCGGGCGGACCAACGGGCACCUCCGAUUCGCCCAUCUCGCCGUUUGCCAGCCUGCUGCACCACCAACACCACCAUCACCAUCCGGGCGGUGGCGAAUCGCCCCCGCAAAGUCUCACCUCGUCCGGUGGCUCGAUCGGUACCACACUCGGCGGACCGCUCGGUCAGUCGCCCAACGAAAUGCAAGCGGGAAUGCACCAGCAGCAGCAGCAGCAGCAUAUGGGCGGCAACGGUGGACAUUCGCCGCUCGGAGCGGUGUACGGGAGUGGUCCGGGCGGGUACGGCGGUAUGCCGCAGCCGCCGCACCACCACCACAACCACAAUCACCAUCACGGCCACUAUCACCAUCAUCACCAUCACAGCUACGGUCAGCACCAGACGAUCGAGAUCGAGCGGACGUUCUUCCUCCGGAUGAAGUGUGUGCUGGCGAAGCGAAAUGCAGGCCUCACGACCAGCGGCUACAAGGUAAUACACUGUUCCGGCUACCUGAAGGCACGCAUCUACCCGGGGGACGCGACGUACGGCGAAGGGCACAGCUGCAUCCAGAACCUGGGCCUGGUCGCGGUCGGCCACUCGCUACCGCCGUCCGCCAUCACCGAGAUCAAGCUCUACCAGAACAUGUUUAUGUUUCGCGCCAGCAUGGAUCUGAAGCUGAUUUUCCUGGACGCCAAAGUGGCCCAGCUGACGGGCUACGAGCCGCAGGAUUUGAUCGAGAAAACGCUCUACCAGUACGUCCACGCAGCGGACAUACUUCACAUGCGCUACUCCCAUCAAGUGUUGAUGUACAAGGGACAAGUGACGACCAAGUACUAUCGCUUCCUGACGAAGGGCGGUGGGUGGGCGUGGGUGCAAUCGUACGCCACGGUCGUGCACAACACGCGCUCCUCCCGCCCGCACUGCAUCGUCAGCGUGAACUAUGUGCUGAGCGACCAGGAGGCGCAGGAUCUGCUGCUGAAUGAGGUGCAGCAGCCACAGCACAGUGCGCCCACCCAGCACCAACCGUCGCCGAGCGUCAAGCCGGAAGCUGGUGGUGGUGGUGGGGGCGGUGGUGCCGCCAGCAAUAAGGAGCGUAGUCUGAACGAACCGGCUACGGCGCUGGCCGCCACUAUGACGCCCGUUUCCGGGCUAGCAUCCGGUGUGCCCGCCCACAUGUCCCCGAUCGGUGGUACCGUGGUGGUGGGCGGCAACAAUGGUACGGCGCGGCGCGGCGCCUCAGUGCAGCCACCGCAUCAAGCCAGCAUGUCGUAUGGGUUGCUGGGGAAGGAACUGCAGCACCAGGACCAUCUACAGCAGCAGCAGCAGCAGCAACAUCAGCACAACACCUUCAUUCAGCUCGCGAACCUGGACGAUGAUGCAAGUCUCGGCCCGAUACCGGGUGCCCCGUCCGCCUGUCUGGUGACGCAUCCCGGGUCCACGGGUCUGCCCCCGUCCACCGGGCAGGACGAGUACGAGCUGCAGAUGCAGUACGGGCCCGGCACGACCCACCAGCAGGAGCCGAAUACGGGCAGCACCGGGUACUGCAUGAACGCGGCCCCGACCGGCGGCCUGCUGGAAGGCCACGGAGCUGGUCCACAUUCAGGGACGGACGGGAGCGACGCGUUUCUGGAGCCGUACUACGACCAGUUCUACGGAGGGUACGACUCCCGGCAGGAUCCCAUCUCGAUGCGACCGUAUUCGGCCAGCUCGAACAGCUGCAGCAGCUCGGAGGCGGAGGGUGUGCUCGGACAUCAGCAGCAGCAUCAUCAGCAACAUCAUCACCAGCAGCAGCAGCAGCAACAUCACCAGCAGCAUCCGCUCCAGCAGCAGCCUCCGCCGCCCAGCUACGGCAGCAUGAGCAUGGCUGGGGCUGGCGUGCUACGACAGCAUGUCACCGCCGGCGACCUGGGGAACACAUACGGUGACCACCAUCAGCUCGACUUUGCACAGAGCAAUGGUCAUCAGCAGCAGCAGCAGCAGCAUCACCACCAUCAACUCCAACAGCUCGACCAGCACACAGGCCACACGAACGGCGGAAACUCCAGCUUUCUGUACGACGCGUCGCCGGCAACGAUGGACGGCAGCACCAGCUCGGCCUCCCCGUUCGAUGGCAUCGCGCAACCGUUCGAGCUGCACCAUCUGCCGACCACCCACGGGCACUUCCGGCAGCAGCAACAUCCCGACCUGCAGCAGCAGCUCGGCGAGUCGCCGCUGGUAUCGUCGACGUCCUCGUCGUCGUCGUCCGCCCUGCUCGGUGGAUCGCCCGCACGCCGUCCAGCGCCCGAUCGCGACGAGUCGGGCGUCAGCGGGGCGGAACCGGGCGCCUCCAAGCAGCCGAAGCUGGCCAACCACCACCAGCAUCAGCACCAGCUGGCGAACGGCACAGUCAGCAGCAACGGGACGACCACCGGGAGUGCCAACGCGCUGCAGGCGACAAACGGUGCUGCCAGCAGUAACCACCUGAGGGGAGCUGGCAAUGGCAGUAUCAUUAUCAGCACCACCGACACCAACCAGGGCGCCGAUACGAAUGGCGUCGUCACGGUCAGCAUUAAUCUGAACCAUCUGCACAGCAGCACCGGCGGCGUUAGCAGUAGCAGCAGCAGCAGCAGCAGCGGAGGCCCAUCAGCCAUCAGCAACAGCCAUCUACUUACCACCAGCGCUAAUGAUCAUAAUGGUGCCAUUAACAACAACAACAAUAACAACAACAACACUAACAGUAAUAAUAAUAAUCUGCACAGUAUGGAGAAGAAGGGCGGCCCGGUGCCGAACCGUAACUCGCAGCCGGUGCGAAAUCAGCCGCCGCCGCACUACACUGCCGACUCGCACUACGAUCUGCCGCACUACACGAGCGUCAUCGUCGAGUCGACGGCGAAUGGGUCGACGGCCGCGCCCAACAAUGGCCCGAACAGCGUCACCGGCAAGCUCUCGUCCAACGAGUACAUCUCGCAGCAGCAGCCGUGCACGUAAGUGAGGCCAUUGACAGAGCAGGGAUUAUUGUAUUAAUAAGCCAAUACAGCCACUACACAAACCGAUCAAAGCGCGCGGUACAAUUCCAUUUUCCCGGGGCCACUUUAAUCAAAUUAUAAGUCGGUUGGGCGAAGGCGAACAAAAAAAAAAAAAAAGAGCAGGAGAUUACUACCGCUAGGGGUAAUUUAUGCGCGUGUUCUACUAACCUUUUUGGCGUGUAUAUUUGCUGUCGGUUUUUUCGGCGCAUAGAAAGUAGGGACCUACUCCUUCGUAAGGCAGCUAUAACUAAGGCACAUCUGGUGCCUUUUUAUUGCCACUCACAGCUUCAUAUUGCGUGGCUAGAACUUUUAUCCCCCCCCCCCCCCCCCGGUUCUGUCAUUGCGAUAGGCAAGUGUUUCGAUUAGGAUAUUGAGCGUUACACAUCGGGGGCUAGUGUUGGGUAAAGCUGAAUUCAACAUUCAUGAAUCUCAAUGAAUCUUUUUAAUGAUUCAAUGAAUCUGAAUCUCUGCUUGUUAAGAGUCAUGAUUCGCGAAAGAUUGAUAGAGCUUGAGCUAUCUUCUUGCUCUUCUUCUUGGCGUAACAACCUACGAGGUAAGACAUUCAAGACUUCAAGAACCAAGAUACUACGCAGUCGGAUAGUCUGGUUUGCAACGGCGAGAUGGACUGAAACCCACGAAUUUGUACUUUGGGAUCGCGCAAAUUCAUUAUUUAUGAAAUAUAUGCAUGUCUAGAGAUUCAUCAAUCCCUGGAGAUUUAAAAAUCUAAACGGAUUUAUGAAUCUUAUUGUUUCAUGAAUCCUUGGAGAUCCUUCAAUCUUUAGAGAAUUAUGCCUCCUUGAAGACUCUUGAAUAUUUAGAUUUUUUUGAAUCUAUUGAGGUUCAAAACAUUGAUGAAACCCAACACUAACCAUGGCACCAACCGCAUUCCCUCAGCGCAGCUAAUUAAUCGAGAGCACACACUCCCUCUGCCGAAAAAAAACACAUCGUGGGAACCGACAUCGAGUAGGACAUCGUGGAGCUGCUGCUGUUCGUUACUUUGCUAUUUAACUUUAUUUAUUGUAUGUCUUCUUUCACAUUUCCUCAAGUUUUUCAUUCAUUUUCCCAUCCACCGGGUUUGUAAUGCGUGUGUAACGUGGGAUGGGGGAGUGGGGAGGGGAGGUAAAAGGGGUGUCUGUUGUCUUUUUUCAUAAGUUGACUCCCUCUCUCACACACACUCUUACCAGGGAUUCUUUUUCCUAUGUCCGUGGGUUUUUAUGAUUCGGGGACGUGUUUGUGUGUAUGUGUGUAUGUGUGUGUGUCUGUUACGAUUCCAAAGGAAAGUUUUUUGGAAGUUUGAGCAGAAUUUGUGGCGUAACACACACACUCACAUGCAUACACACGCACCGCGAACAGGAUUAGUGAACAUCACAGUUAAUCAAUUCAAUACAAUCAAUGAUACUUGUGAGGAGUUAGAGAAUGGGAGGAAGUGGAUGAGGAAGGGGUAGGCUACUUUCAUGUUAAACAUUACACAUGUUACUUUAAGAACUAUUAUAAGUAUUACUUAUGCACUCUACCAAUGGCUCCUAACAUCGUUAUUAAGUGAGGCGUGAUUUCUUCCACUCCUGCCACACCACCAGAGGUUUUUUUGUGUGUGUGAGGGUGUUGUCUAGAUUUUGUUUCUGUUUUAUUAUUAUGAUUACUUCUGUUGUCUGGUAACUUGUGGUAAAUUGUGUGCUGUGUGCAUGCACGCCCCCAUUCAAUUCUUUCGUCCGUGCUGCUGGAAGAUGAUAAAAUGCGCCAAUCCAUUCAUGUCUCGUGGAUAUUGUUCUACUUUUGUUUGGGCUUUUUCGACCAGUUGUCAAACCAGUCGGGCGACAGACAGGAGUCCCAUGAGCCUUAGAAUAUCCUCAACCGAAGGAAAUGCUGCUGUAUCUAUAUUAGAAUACUUCUAGCUAAACCAUAUUGGGAUGUUUGUGAAAUCAUUUCAUAUUUUCUUUGUUUUUUU